UUUCGAUCGAUGAACGUUGCAAGAUGCUCCGUGUCGGAAAAGAUUCAGCUUUUAUACUGUUGGAGAGGAAGAAAAUUAGAUCAAUCUAAGACGAUUUUAAUGACAAGAGCUCGUCCCGAAAAGUUGCAAGAUCGACAGUGAAACUACAUUUACAGGCGUACGAUAAGUGCCUAUUAUGAAGUUAUCUGACCUAGUUCAGAUAGAAGGUGAACUUCUACUCGCUGUGAUUCAAGGUCUAAAAGGCAGAGAAAUCGGAGGACGAUUAAAAUUCCUCCUCUUCCUUCGUCACGUGAUCCAAUAAGAUGUAGUAUAUAAACUCUCGAGAAAUCUCAGCAGAACAUCAUCGACGAUUCAUCCACAGCUAACCAUGAAGUACCUGAUCCUCGUCGCCCUCUUUGCAGCCACUCAGGCUAUUCCCCUGUACCACUUUGGUACCGGUGCCAGCACCCAAUUCCGUAAUCAGGAUCCCGUUGGCAACUACAAUUUCGGGUACAACGAAGGCCACGCCACAGGAGGCACCUUCCGUAGGGAAUCUGGAGACAUCGCUGGCAACAAAGUUGGUUCAUACGGCUUGACUGAUGCCGAUGGACGUAGACGAGUUGUCAACUACGUAGCCGAUGCUGCCGGUUUCCGUGCCACCAUCAACACCAACGAACCAGGUGUCGAUCCAUCCAAAGACCCAGCUGCAACAGCAGUCAACAAAGGUGCCAUCGCUCCAGGUCUUCUUCACCACGCUGCUUUACCAUUAGCUCAUUACGGAGCCCCAUACUACGGUGCACAUUUGGGAUACGCCGGCCAUUUUUGGUAAAAACAAUCGCAUUUUGUUAGCAUCUGCACUCUUCGUUGCUUUAUAAAUUGUUUGUUUGCAUAAAUAAACGCACAAGGUAUGCUAAAACUCUGCUGGGUGUGAGUGUUUUAUGUAUAAUAAAAUUAAAC